AUGCGAAAUAGCACCUCGAUUUCUAUUCGAACGCCUAUGCGUUCUAAAAGUUUUUCUCCUCAUCGAUCGCUAAGAAAACAUGCAAUCGAAAAAUAUGGAAAAGCAGUAACAGGGUUUUCACUUGACACCUCAUCAGAUCUAGAAACAAAUUACCGAACUAUGAGGAACUUAGAAAAUGAAUAUAUUAAAAGUCUGCAACAACAGAUUUAUCUUUUGGAGCUUGAGAACAACUAUAUUCGACAUCAAGCCGCCGAAGUAAUGGAUAAACAACCUUUGAUGGUUUGUGAGGCAUCUAAUUCCCUGAAAAAGCUCAAAGAAAUGCAAGAAAGAACUGACGGUUUGAAACUUGAAAUUCAUCGUAAAGAAGCUCACAUAAGCAUAUUGCAACAGAAAUUAAAUCGUUGUGAAGAGAGUUUACGGGAAACCUUAUUAUAUCAUGAUAAAGAAAAAGAUGAAUUAACACGUCAAUGUAUGACACUUCGAGGUGAACGUGAAUUAGCAUUACGUGAAGUUUAUCAAAAAGAUGAACAAAUAAAAGAAUUACAAUAUCAAUUAUGUAAUCAAAAAUCAAAUAUAACUGCUAUGGAAAUACAAUUAGAUAUUCUUAGAGCUAAACUUGAUGAUGAAACAAAACGAGCAAAUGAUCUAGAAAGAUCUUUAAUUGAAAGUCGUUCACAACUAGUUGAAUUCAAUACAAUAUUAAAACAAUUAGAAGUUCAUUAUCAACAAAAAUUAAAUCGUGUACAAUCAACACCACAGAAUGAAUUUAAGGAUAAAAUACGUCAUCUUGAACAAAAAUUAAGUGAUGCCUUCCUGAGAUCAGAAAAUGAUCGGUAUAUAAAGGAUAAACAAACUGAUAAGAAUGAUGUACUUUUAAAAGAAAAUCUACAUUUAAGUAAUGAAUUGGAAAAGUUAAGAAAACUAGCCGAAGAAUCUCAGUCUUUAUUUGAACGAAGUCAAUUUAAACAAACAGAAGAUAUCGCCGAAUUGAACCGAUUAAAACAACGAGAAAAUGAAUUAAUGCAUAUGAAUGCAAUGCUUCGUCAAGAUGUAUUGCUGAAAUCUAGAGAGAACGAAAAGCUUCAACAAGAGCUUGCUUAUCAAGAAAAAACGUCUGAUAGCUUGUUAUCAGGAAAACAAAUCCAACCAGAUUUAACUCAACAGUUUGAAGCUUUGAAGAAGGAACGUCAACUAUUUAUUGAAAAUAUGAAGAAGAUUAAUGAAGAGAUUGCUGAACAAAAAAUAAAAAUUGAUCGAUUAGAGCAAGAGAAAACCAAACCUUCAAAUAAUGAUAGUUGGAAAAACAAACACACUAAUGGCAAUGAUGAUAUACAGUUAUUAUUGAAUGAAGAAAGUCUAUCCCCUGUAAACAUCAAUAAAGCUAAUACAUCGCCAACAAGUCGAAAACCAGUGGAUGAAGCAAUUAUCAAGGCAGUCCAAAGACCUAGAAAAUAUACUUUUUCAUCUGGCCAGUUCAUACUGCUCAGUUUGGUCAUCGUAAUAAUUUCAACAUUUUUUGAUUGUCAUGAAAUUUGUGAGAAUCGUGAACUAGAGGGUUAUAGAAAAUUAAUUUUUGAAAACGACUCACAUAAAUACUCUCACCAACAUUACUAUUUCGAGACAAUCCGCCUUAAUCAGCCUCUUCCAGUUGAAAAUGACAGGUUUGUAAAAUUGGCUGCUUACGAGGAAGUCCCUCCGAAAUUCCCGUUUAAAUUCUACGGCCCAGACGUUAGCUCACUAAAGAUACAAGCUGAUGUUGAAAUAAUACUGAACGAACAAGGAAGAAAAGGAGUAAUUACAACUUACAUAAUGAACGAUCGUGACUCUGAAUCUGAGAUUCUGCAUGAUGGUGUUACAUUAAAAAUGGUUUACGUGAUCUAUCGGAAUGGGAAGAUAUCUUUAUAUUAUGAGAACGUUCCCGUGGAAGUUCCGGCACCGAUCGUCGGCAUUACAACUUAUUGCGAAAGAGGAAGAAUAUACCCUGAUAUGAUUGUUACUGGAAAAUGGAUGAAAAAUGGAACUUUAGUGGAGUAUGAAGUUUCCGGAGAUUGUCCGGAACACAAGUCGACUAAAUUAUGUAGAGGCGCAACAACACCGAACAAAACGUGUAUGUGGUGUGAUCAUGCCAAUAUGUGCAUUACCAGUAAUGAUAAGGAUACUCACAACUUCAAAGUCAAUGUUUGCCGGAAUAAAAGCUCGAUUGUCGACGUUUCUGGAGAACAAGCACUUAUCGAAGAAAAAGAAGAAACAACUCCAACAGUAAAUGAAGCUGACUUAAGAAAUGAAUUGGGGCAAACUACCAAAAACACUGAAACUCAUUUGACUAGCUCAAAUAUCAGCGUUUCAAGUAGACCAACACUUAUCGAAGAAGAAGAAGAAGAAGUAACAACUCCAGCAACUACUGUAGACGACCUAAGAAAUGUAUUGAGGCAGAAUACUGAAAACACUGAAACUCAUCUGAAUGUGACCACCGAAACGACUGAAGAUGAAGCGAAAAGAAGGUCACGCAACUACUCGUAUAUAGUUAUACCAGUGGUUGUCACUUUCAUUGUUGUAUGUACUGGCUGUAUAACAGGGCUAUGGAUUUACAGAAAGAAGAAGAGUGUGUCAUGA